AUCAUUUGAUUUGAUAUUCUAUUACUUUAUAUCUCAAUGAUGAUCACUGAUAUUACCAAUGUUAAGUCAAACAUUCAACAAAAGAGCAAAUACCCUGGCAGUUACAGUAAUAAAAAGCCUUUAAGACUUGUUUUGGAUGAACCUGUUCUUUUCGUUGAAGAUAAACCUGCUAUGGUUCGUGGUGAAGUUAUUGUUAAUUUUUCCAAUGAUACUACUAUUCAGGGUCCCAUUGAAUUGGUCUUUGAAGCCAUACAAACUUUUUAUCCUUGGUCAGAAAUUAUGGUGAACCGUGCUAUUGGAAGUCCUAUCGAAAGUAAACUUCAAGUGAUCGAAUUAUCUUUAUUACCACCAAACUCUCAAGGAAUUAUGCCUGCUGGUGUCCAUCGAUUUCCUUUUGAAUUCCCUAUACCUCCUACUUUACCUCCUACUCUCAGUAUUACCAACCGAUUGGCUAUUUAUUAUCGUUUAACAGCAACACUUCGAAAAUCGUCUGAAGCUACUUCUUUAAUGGAUUGGGCCAUGCGAUCAAUUGGAAAAAAGAAACUGGUGGAUGUCUCUCAUUUACGUUUGGUACGUGCUAUUGAAGGUACACGUUCUAUCUCUCAACUUGAUUCUUCUCCUCUUGGUUCUUCAUCAGUGAAUGAAAACUCGAACAAUAAUAACACAAAUCAAGUGGUACCUUAUACUGAUUUAUGGACACAAUACAACAAUCGACUCUCUUUGGAUGAACAGCACGAUCAAUUAAUACAUUCUUUGGGUGGAAGAACGACUGACAACUAUACUCGACCAUUAGAUAGUUUGAUUAAGGAACAUGGAGUACGAUACAAACUCUCAGUGGAUAGAACUGCUAUUGCUUUGGGAACAAGUGUGGGAAUAGAAGUGGUGUUGCAACCUACGCAAAAGAUGACAAAGGUACGAUCUAUCUAUUUAUCCAUUGAAGAAAAACGAAAGUACAAGAUGAAUAUUCCUGGUCGUCAUUCCUUCUCUGAUUCUCCAGCCGAAUCACGACAUCAUUCUGAAGUAGGCAAGAUGGUACUGAAAUGGGCUUAUGGGUAUCCUGUUCCUUCUGAUGAUGAACCCUAUCCUGAUUAUUAUGAUGAAGAUCAUCUCAUUGCAAAUUCAGUUACUUCUAUUUUAUCCUCAUCAUCGUCAUCAUCAAGAUCAUCAGUAUCAUCAAUGUCAUCUACAGAACAACGUAAAUCAACACUACUAGGGAAAAAUGACGUAGCAACAUCAUCCAUUUCUGCGAUCUCGGCUAUGAAGGCUUCAUCUUCAACAUCAGAAACGCAAACGACAACGGAUUUGACAUCAUCACCAAAAGGAGGAUUAUUAAAUCUAAAACUAUUGGAUCAUCCGAUUGAACUAGGCGAAUACUUUGAAGGAAGAUUUGUAUUACCUGUACCAUCUUGUGGAGGUUUAUUGCACCCAUCUAUGGAUCACGAUAGUAUCAAGAUUCAACAUUGGUUACGAAUGGUGGUUGUCUUGGAACAGGAAGGAAAAAUGUUUGAAGUUGCUUUGGAAACACCUAUGCAUAUGUUGGAUUGUCGAUUAGUUGCCGAUGAUGGUCGUCAAACAAUUUUGCCACCACCACCAAGUUAUAACACUGAUGAUGACAAUCGGUCCAUUCCAUCCACAGUAUUUUGGGAACAACGUCAACCAAUCACUACCUUGGCACAAUGGGGAACUUGUCGAAGACCUUGUCCUUGUCAAAUCAAAAAUUACAAUCAACAGAAAUCAAGAUUACUUGCUGCUGUCAACAACAAAGCCAAAUCAUCAGUAUCUAGUAAGCAAAACAAUAAUAUCAGAACAAGCCAAGAAGUGCAAGAACAACCUAUUGCCGGAUGUCAGCCUGAAUGGGGUCCACCUCCUUUGUAUAGUGAAUAGUUAUUCCCCUUUAUUCAUUCUUUUUUUUCCCUCCUUUUAUGUCUUAGUAUUAACCGUUACCCAUUUUGUAUUAUAUUUGUUAUUAUUAUUUUAUUUUUUAAUGUCUCC